CGCCGGAAGCGCGGCGGAGUCUUGUUGAGUUGCGCAGGCGCCUUUGCUAUGGCCCGGGAGCUGAUCGGGCCAGCGCUGCCCCCGGGCUUCCCUCGCUGCUCCGAGGUGGAUCCCGACGAGGACUUGACGCAGGUUGCAGGACCUGCAUUGCCUCCAGGCUACAAAAGUAGCUGCAGCUCAGAAACGUCUAACAGUGAUGAAGACCCAGAGUUUCUUCCUUUGCUCAAGGAGACGGAUAGAGAUUCUGAAGAGCCAGACACAGAUCCAGCACCAAAAAAACCAAGGAGAGUGCAGAAAGAUGACAGUGAUGGCUUUUUUGGACCUGUUCUUCCUCCUGGAUUUAAAAAAGAGGAUGAUUCUCCAGAGAGGCCUGUUAUAGGUCCUGCAUUGCCACCUGGGUUUAGGAAACCUUCACAAGACUCUGAGGAGAACAGCUGUCCCAUAGGACCUUCUGUUCCAUCACGGUUCAGCUACCAGGCAACAGAUAGUGAAGAGGACGAUGAUCUCAUAGGUCCGAUGCCUGCCAAAGGACCAGUGGAAUCUGAUGUCACUAGAGAGUUUGAAUACAGAGCUCAAAGAAUGAAAGAAAAGCUUACUUGUACAGAUGAUGAUGGGUCCAAGCAAGUUACAAGGGAAUCUUGGAUGACAGAGCUUCCACCAGAAUUGAAAAAAUUUGGAUUGGGUCCAAGAACUUUCAAGAGAAGAGCUGAUGACAAAUCAGGAGAUAGAUCAAUUUGGACAGAUACUCCAGCUGACAGAGAGAGGAAAGCCAAAGAAAUGCAUGAGGCAAAGAAGUCAGCCAGUAAGGGUGAUGAAGAAAUUGUAUUUUCGAGGAGGGACAAGAGACUGGCUGAGCAAGUAUCUUCAUAUAAUGACUCAAAGAGACCAGAAUCUCUCAUGGAUAUGCAUCACAAAAAAUUAAAGAGCAAAGCCACAGAAGAUAAGAACAAGCCUCAGGAGAGAAGGCCGUUUGAUCGAGAUCAGGACCUCCAAGUCAAUAGAUUUGAUGAAGCUCAGAAGAAGGCUCUUAUCAAGAAAUCCAGGGAGUUAAACACCAAAUUUGAACAUAGCAAAAGUAAUAUGUUUCUAUAAUGCAAAAGACAUGAAGUUGAGGUGAAGCUUAUUAAACAUUAAGUAUUUCUUCAGUAUCUUAAGUACCUUUUCUGUAAAUAUCUUUUUCUAUUUGUAUGCAAAAUAAAUAUCUUAAUGCUUACAAAGAA